AUCCAGAAAUUAUUUAAUCUGACGACUAACUCCAAGCAAGGCUGACAACCUGGUUAGUCAUAUACUCAAAUUUAAAAAAAAUAUUGAAUUUGCACUGUUUUUUUAAUAUUUAUUGGAUUUAAAAGAUCUUAACAACGUCGAUUUUGAAUAUCAUAUUAUUGUCCAUGGCGUUUUCCUUGUAAUGUCCUGGAUUGCUAUGGCUCAUUGGUUAGUGGCUGUAAGCCUGCUGCUAGUAUUUUCUGCCACUUACGGCUCUAUAAUCCCUCGAGGAUAUCGUCUUGACUUGCAUCCUUACCCAGGUGACGGUGUUUUUAAAGGCAAAGUUCGCAUAGAUUUCAUUAGUACAAGUAACCAAUCGGUAAACUCUUUGACUUUGGACGUUCAUUCAACUCUCAAUGUGGUCGAUCGAGAAGUUAAAAUCAUUCGUGUCGCGAAUCUUGAUUCGUCCGAAGAGGAUGAUGAAGUUUCGAUGGAAGAAACUACGCUGACUGUAACUAAACUAGAAAAACGAAAAGAUUUACACACAUUCCAAAUAACUACCAAGCAAAAUUUUAAGAAAGACAUCACGUAUCAAGUAGAGAUUUUGUUCGAUGGUAGUUUGGGCAGUGACCCGUCGAGUCCGUUUUACCAGUCGACUUACGCUAAUUCAAAGCAUUCAACACAAAAAAAAUGGUUCAUAGCAAUGAAUUUACCAAGGGCAGGUGGUGCACGUUAUGUUUUUCCCUGUUUCGAAAAAUCAGAACUAAAAACUUGGAUUGAACUUUCAGUAGCUCAUAAAGGAGAUGUUCAUGUAUUAACAACGAUGCCUUUGGUAGAUACAACAAAUGUAACAUCAGAAGGCGUGUGGGUUCGCGAUCAUUUUUCACGGUCACCACCAAUGUCUGUUAAUUCAUUAGCAAUGUUUCAAUCUGACUUUAAGCAUCCAUCUAUUGGAGAAAAUAAUGGUGCUAAAAUUGGAAUUUGGGGAAAAGAAGAUCUUUUAAGAUCAUUAUAUACAACUCAAAAACUUCUACCGUCCGUUUUGGACAGCUUAGAGUUAUAUCUUUCUAGACCAUAUCCAUUGCCUGAACUUAAUUUAGUGGCUCUUCCUGGAUAUGCUGAUGAUAAACCUAUUGAUGCUUGGGGGUUACAAAUGUUCCGGGAACUAGACCUUUCAAAAAAACGUGAUGAUUUUUGGAUUGUUCAUUUACUUGCUAAAUAUGUAUCAUUGCAAUGGACAUCCCACUUAACAACACCUAUAUUUUCAUCAUCCUUAACAACAGCAAUUUCCAAAUUUUUAGCUGAUAAAAUCGCUUGGCAGUUAGAAAAACCUGUAUUUGAUUCAUUUGUAAAAGAUAUGUAUGGAAUGUACAUUGAAUUUGAAAAACCGGAUUUAAAAGAAAUUAAAUCUCAAAUGGAAGCUUUAAACACUACUAAAAUUCAAUUUGUUCUGGAAAUGCUGGAACACGUAUUUGGACCACAAUCUUUUAAACAAUCUAUUCAAUAUUUCAUGUCUAGCAAGGAAUACCAUACAUAUACAGAAGCAGAUUUUUGGAAUAAACUUACUGAAGGAGCUUACAAUGAAGGCAUAUUAAAGAAAGGUGAAGAUCCAGCUAAUAUUGAAGAUAUUGUUAGACCAUGGUUGCAAGCCGAUAGGUUUCCAGUAGUGACUUUUAGAAGAAAUUACAAGAAUACAACAGUUCAGAUUAUGCAGGAGCCAUUUGUAUUGAAUGACGAUGAAGAUGACGUUUCAACUCCGGCAAUAGUAACAAAAAGUUAUUCGUGGUGGAUUCCUAAUAUUGUUGUAUCACAGAAUAAUUUAACUGUAUCCACAACAAAUAUUACUUGGUUAAGACCUAUAUCAAGUCAAGAAGUGGAUUUUAAGCAGUAUAACUUUACUAAUAAUCAAUUUCUUUUAUACAAUCCUGGCAGUAUAGGGCCUUUUAUUGUUAAUUACGAUCUCAAAAAUUGGGAAAUGAUAGCACAGCAUUCAAAACGGUUUCCAGUGAAUGUUCGUUUGCAAUUACUCCACGAUUCUUUGUCAUUAGCUUUGUCCGGUCGAUUAUGCUACGUUUAUGCAUUCAACGUGAGUAAAUUAAUAGAACAAGAAUCUGAACCUGCUGUAUGGAAGACAUACCUAGGUUUAGCUACUAGAUUAAGAAGCAAAUUCCAAGGAACACCGGUUGCACCUAAGUAUGAUCUAUAUUUGAAAAAAAUGCUGAAAUCAGUAAACGCUGCAUUAGAACAACCUGAAAGAGGAGAGUCAAGCUGGAAAUCCCAAUUUCGAGCUGAAAAUAAGCGAUUGUUGUGCGAGACUGGUCAUACAACAUGUUUGAUGGAAGCUCGAGAAAUGCAAUCUAGGACUAAUACAUCCAACCCCGACGAAGAUAAACUAUUUUUGGAAAAUUAUUUAUGUAUUCUACUUGGAUAUGGCACAUUAGAUGAAUGGGAAUUCGGACUGCAUAGGAUUAUGUAUUAUCCAAAAAAUAAAUCACAAACAGAGCGAUUGUUUAUUUUCAGAUCAUUAGCAAGUUGUCCUAAAAAUGAAACUAAGUUUGUUAGAAUGUUGAAUUUAACAUUGAUGAGUGAAGAUCGAAAAUUUAGUGAAGAAGAUAUGCUUACAAUGUUAACUGUAAUGAGCACGGUAUCUCUUGGACAUGAAACUAUGUUUAAGUUUUUAGUCAAAAACUUUGAGUAUUUAAGUACUAAGCUGGAGAAAAACGUUUGGGAAUAUUUUGUAAAAACGUCUUUCAGUCAUUUUAGAACUGAAGAUGGUCUAAACAAGGCUACAGAAUUUUAUCAAAAGAACAAGCGGCACUUUGCCUCUGUAGACGACAUUGUGAAGAAUGGAUUAGAAAAAGUAAAAAUACAAGUAGGUUGGGUAAAAAAGCAUUUGACGCCACUGGACUCUUGGUUGACAAACGCGUUACAGGAGCCUUGGAGACCUCAUGAAUUUAAUUUUAGAGACGUACCAUCAUUCGUUGCUGGAUAAAUUGACCAUUAUUUAAUGAUCAUAAAACAUUAGAAAAUUAUAAUUUUAUACUUUUAUGAGCUGUAUAUUACUUUAAUUAAAUAUUAUUAAUAAGUAAACAUAUUUUAUAACACUUAAA